UUUUGUUUUGGUCACAAUAAGCCAAUUACUAGGAAACACUGAAAUACAGAAAAAAUUUAAAUGUGAAAUUGGAAACCAGCUCACUCCAGGAAGUAGAUUGUACUGUAUGUUACUGAAUAUACCUGAAAGUACUCACGUCUGUCACCAACUGCAGGGAACUAAAUCAGAAUCAUACGCAGACGACACUUUGUUCUUUGUGUUCGUAUAAGCACUAAGGGUUUUAAUUCCACAAAACAUGGAACCUGCUGAUGAACCAGAUGAAACUAUUUAUAAUCUGCGAAAGAAAUUAACUGACAUUUUAGAGGCGGAUGUAGAUGGUUUGUUUAAUGACUUGAGUCCUCUGUUCCUUCUAUCCUUGGAGGAUCAUGUGGAACUCAGUGAAUCUGACAGCCCAGAGGAAAAGAGGGAAAUGAUUAUAAACGCUCUUCUUCAGAAGGGGGAACGCUUCUGUGAAACUAUUCUCAGUCAUCUAGAGAUUAUGAUACCCAGGUCUCAGGAUGCAUCAGAUGAAAAAAUGAAUGCAUUCAGUGAAAUGAUGCUGCAAUUUAAAGUGAAAGAUGACAGAAUCUCAAAGCUGACACUGAAGAAUAUACUGGAUAUUGGUCAUGAGAACAUAGAAGAUGUUGAUCCCCAGACUGUAGAAGAAAUUCCCUGGCACUUUAUAAGGAAGCUUAUGGCACUGAAUAGAAAUGGAAGAAAAACACAAGUAAAAAGGCCUCAGAAAGAAAAGAAAUUACAAGCUAUGUAUGAUGAUUUUGAUUCUGAUGAUGAUGAUGAUGAAAAUUAUUUAUCAGGUUCUUUUCAUCCUCUUGAUAUUUUGUGUUUUGUUCUUCAUUGUUCAGAUGUAUUUUUACAACAGGAAAUUUUAGUAAAAAUGUCCAUGUGUCAGUUUGCUAUCCCUUUGCUGCUCACUGCUGGUGAUGGCCCAAACUGCACUUUCAUGUUAUGGGCUAUGAGGGAUAUUGUGAAGAGAUGGAGACCUAUUUCUUUAGUGAAAAGUAAAGGAUUUAUGGAAGACAACUUGGUGAACAUAUCCAUGCCAACCUUCUCUUUUGUGAGAUUAGGAAAAAGUAAGCUAUCAAAGUCCAAAAUUCUUAACACAAUUAUCAGCCCAUCUGGGCAAUACCAUGACUUCUUUAUACAUGAUAACAUGGAAUGUGGGAACAUUCAACGGAAAAUCUCAGAUGGGUUGGUGGAAGCAUCCUGGUAUUUUCCUGUUGGCAAAGAGAAUUCAGACAAUUUCCCAGUACCCAUUGCAGUAACCAAUCUACGUGGUAACCUUGAGUCUAACUGGAAACAGUUCAGCUUUUUAACUCAAGUAUCAACAGCAGUUUUUAUAUUUGUUGAUAACAUUUCAGAAAAUGAAUUCUUGCUAUUAUCGCAAUGUAGUAACUCAGAUGCUAAGUUUUAUUUUAUUAUUAGUCCCAGCCAUGGCAAACCUGUGAAUAGACAGACCCUGAAAACUCUAAAACAGCUUUUUCCUGUUCUGAAGAUUGACACAAGAAACGUAUUAAAGAAAGACAACACAAGUAAUGACGCAGAACUCACCAACAACAUAAAAGUAAUUAUCACUGCUAUAUUGGAAAAUUCGCCCAAAAGAAUAAAACUAGAAGACAUGUCAGACACGGCCUAUGAACUUGGAAUCCUGGUUGAUGAGAGCUCAAGUGAAUGCCAAGAUGCAGAGAAAUGUGCCAUAGAAAUUACAGAGGAGAUUAGAGAUGUGUCCCUAUACAAAACGCAGACAAUGAAAUUGCAGGGAGAUCUGUGGAAACAAGUAUCUCAAAUAGAGAAAGAAAUGUGUAGAAGAAAAAAACAAGGGGAUAGAAAUGGAGAAGAAUACAAAUCUCAGUUGAGGCAGCGUCAUGUAGAACUGCAUAAAUUGCAAAACCAACAUGAUCUGCCAAAUGGUAUGGUGAAAUUUAUUUCUGCCAUAACUAACCUGUCGUAUAAAAAGAAACAUUAUUUCUUAAAAUCAAUGGCAUUUAAACUUGAUGCAAUUACUAGACAAAAAAUGUCUACAUUGAAAGCAGAAUAUAAAAAGAAACUUAAGAAUGGCACGAAUAACCAGCAGGAAUUAGAUCAAUUAGACAAAAAAAUAUUUGCCAGCUCUUUAGGAGUUCAAAAUUUUAUGCGUGAGCUGGGACAGUUUUAUGAGGCUGAAUGGUCCAUGGUGCAAGAAAAGAUAAUAACUAGAAAAGAAAGGCAGUUUACCAAAAUCCCAGGAAUAUCAGCUGAUCUCCUGCUAGAUGGUUUCCCCCUGGAACUGAUUGAUGGAGAUGCCUCCAAUGUUCCCAUGCGAUGGAUAACUGAUGUCCUGACUGAGCUGGACAACAAGACAGGAGGAGGGUGCAGGCUGAGGGUAAUAACUGUGCUGGGGGUGCAAAGCACAGGGAAGUCUACCCUUCUGAACACCAUGUUUGGGUUACAGUUCCCUGUGGCCAGUGGACGCUGCACACGAGGCGCCUUCAUGACACUUAUUAAAGUGAAAGAGAACUUUAAGGAUGAACUGGGAUGUGAAUUUAUUUUGGUUAUUGACACUGAGGGUCUAAAAGCUCCUGAAAUGGCUUCUCUGGAUGACAGUUAUGAACAUGACAAUGAGUUGGCAACAUUAGUAAUUGGGUUGAGUGACAUCACUAUCAUUAACAUGGCUAUGGAAAAUAUAGCAGAAAUGAAAGACACUUUGCAGAUUGUGGUCCAUGCAUUUCUGAGAAUGAAAGAAAUAGAAAAGAAACCCAGCUGUCAUUUUGUGCAUCAGAACGUCAGUGACGUAUCUGCUCAUGACAACAUUAUGAGGGACAGAAAGAAACUCUUGGAACAACUGGAUGAAAUGACAAAGGCAGCUGCCAAGAUGGAAAAAAAAAGUGGAAUUACAUCUUUCAGUGAUGUUAUGGGUUAUGAUUUUGAGAAAAACAACUGGUACAUUCCUGGACUCUGGCAAGGAGUCCCGCCCAUGGCUACAAUAAACCAUGGUUACAGUGAAAAUGUUUAUGAACUAAAAAAAUGUUUAUUUGACUUCAUUAAAACUAAUCAAUACUCAAACAGGCCUCAGACUAUGUCAGACUUCAUCAAAUGGGUGCAAUUUGUGUGGAAUGCUGUGAAAUAUGAGAAAUUCAUCUUCAAUUUCAGAAACAGCCUGGUUGCUGAUGCUUAUAACCAACUAUCUGUUAAAAACUCUCAGUGGGAAUGGACCUUAUGUAAACAUGUGCACAACUGGCUGACUCAGACUGAAACUAAAAUAAAAAACAUAUCACCAGACAACCUUACAAAUGAAAACUGUGCACAGUUUAAGGAAGAACUUCAACAGGUGCUGAGGGAUGAAGGGAAAAAAAUGUCAGAUUUAUUAGAAAAAUAUUUUGAGGAGGGUUCAGAAAAUGUGCAGCUUAUCGAAAGAUAUAAAGAAGAUUUUUUCAGAAGUGCAAUAUUUCUAAAGAAGGAGCUUGAAAGAGAUGCUCUAAACAAGUUUGAAGAAGCUGUUCGAAUCCAUAAAGAAAAGCAUAAAGUUCAUUGUAUCCAGAGUCACUGUCUCAAAUUGAUUGAAGAGGAAGUGACUAAUCUUUUAGAAACCUACAGAAAGAAUGAUUUUAAGUUAAGUUUCUCAGAAAUUAAAAGUGAAUUUGAGAAAGUGUGGGAGAAGACAAUAUCCGAUCUGCAGAUACGAGCUUUAGAGAAACGUGAUGUGAGCCAGGCAAUGCUGCAACUAUUAAGAAAUGAGAUGAGUUGCAAAGGAGCAUCUCUAAAUGAAGCAAUACUCAAUGUAAAGGGUUUAGCUGAGUAUGGACAACUUGAUUUUCAGAUGGAUACAAAGUACAUUGAUACUACAUGGCUGUCAUUGAAAUGUAACAAAGUGUAUGUCAGUCCUGACUAUUAUGACAAAAUACAUGAUCUUGCUGACUUGAUAAUAGAUACAUGCAAUAUGUAUGUUAGGCAAAAAGUUGCUUCAAAAAGGGAUUAUGAUGACACAUACAGUAAGGAAUUGUUGCACAUGAUAAAUGAACGUCUUCAAGAGAAAUCUGUUUCAAAAAUGCACAUUUCUUCUUUAUUUGAGCUUGAAAUCAAAUUUCUAGUUUUUGGAAGAGCAGCCUCAAUGUUCCAGAAGAUGCAUGAUGACUUUGUCCAAGAGAAUGAUCCAAGAAACUGUCUGGAAACAUUUAGACCUCAAUAUCUUUCAACGUUUGAAAAAAUGCUCCAUGAAAAGGAUGAUUGUCAGCAUCGGGCCAGAUGUUUUACUGAUGUGUGUCUGAAACCGGCUAUUACUGAAUACAUUUUUAAGCAUCUAGGGAAGGAGAUUAUGGAGGAUAUUUUAAAUGGUUGUGGCUCUUUGAAAUUUUGUAACAGGACAUUUUUCCAGUUUAGUGUGCUUGAGGAGCUGCUAACAAAAAAUGAUUUUCGGCAAUAUGUAGAAUAUAUUAAUAAAUAUGAGACCUAUGUGAAAAACUGGAUAGUAAAUUUUAUUUCAAGUCAAUAUGAGGAGUUAAGUUGCCUGAAAAUCCUACAAGAAAAUAUCCUUACUCCCAUUGUAAAGAAAAUUAAAGAAGCUCUAAACAAUACAAAAUCUCUUAAAAGUCCAACUGUAUCAACAUUUUUACAAAAUGUUUGCCAGAUGCUAAGCAAUGAUUUAGUGAUUUCCAAAAAUGAGACUAAAGCAAUACUUUUUCAUAACAAAGCAAAUGUAAAACAGUUUUCUACUGACAUUCAAUUUUUUCUCACGGAAGUACAAGAGAAAAUCCUGGCAGAUAUUAAAUUGUUAAAUAUCAAGACGAUACUCUCCAAAGUCGCACUGAAGCCUCAGGAUGAAUUGUUCAAGAGACUGAUUGGAUGUGGUAAGCAAUGUCCAUUCUGUAAAGUCCCUUGUGAGGCUGGAGCUACUGAUCACAAGGAGCAUUUUUCAUCCGUCCAUAGACCUCAGGGAUUAGGAAGAUACAGAUGGAAUAAAACUGCUGAUUUAGUACCUACAAUAUGCUCAACUCAUGUUUUCUCAGAGGGUUCAUUCCUUAAUUCUGACACUAAUGGUAAAUUUCACCCAUACAAAGAUUAUCGUGCAAUAUACCCAGACUGGGCCAUCCAACCAGACCCAAGCAUCAAGUCCUCAGACUACUGGAAUUUCAUUUUUACUCAGUUCAAUGAGCAGUUUGCUAAAGAGUAUAAUGCAAAACCAGCUAAACUACCAGAAGGUUGGCAAGACAUUACAACUAACGAGGCUCUAAUUGGUCUAAGGGAAAUUUUUUGUAUGAAACUAGAAUAACUAGAAAAUGCUGCAAUAUAUUUCUGUGUCGAUCACUUUAUACAUCUUUGAGAAACACUUGUGUCAUUCCCAAGGUUUGUUCAAAUAUCCAGUUUGUAUUUUCAUUUUACUAUUUGAUUCUACAAUUCUAGCACAUUUCAAUUAAUCAAGGUUUGACAAAUCCCAGUAACCAGAUAUCCAUUGCUUGUAGAAUUUCACUUGUGUCUGAUUACAUUUUUUAUUUUUUACAUGUUUAGGUGUAAAUGCCUUGCCAGUUCUUAAAAACAUGUUUAUGGAUACUUAGUUUUCCAACAAGAAGCAAAUAUGUUAAUAAAAUAAAUUCACAAUAGCUAGUCAAAAAUAAAUUCACAAUAGCUAGUAAAUAAAUUCACAAUAGCUAGUAAUAAAUAAAUUCACAUUAGCUAGUUACAAAUACAUACACAAUAACUAGUAAUAAAUAAAUUCAAAAUAGCUAGUAAUAAAUACAUUCACAAUAGCUAGUAAUAAAUAAAUACACAAUAGCUAGUAAUACAUAAAUUUGCAAUAGCUAGUAAUAAAUACAUUUACAAUAUCUAGUAAUAAAUAAAUUCAUAAUAGCUAGUAAUAAAUAAAUGCACAAUAUCUAGUAAUACAUAAAUUCACAAUAGCUAUUAAUAAAUCAAAUUUACAAUAUCUACUAAUAAAUAAAUUCACAAUAGCUAGUAAUAAAUAAAUACACAUUAGCUAGUAAUAAAUAAAUUCACAAUAGAGCUAAUAAUAAAUAAAUUCGCAAUAGCUAAUAAUAUAUACAUUCACAAUAGCUAGCAAUUAAAUACACAAUAGCAAGUAAUAACUAAAUUCACAAUAUCUAAUAAUUAAAUACACAAUAGCUAGUAAUAAAUACAUUCACAAUAUUUAGUAAUAAAAAAUACACAAUAGCUAGUAAUAAAUAAAUUCACAAUAUCUAGUAAUACCUAAAUUCACAAUAGCUAGUAAUAAAUAAAAUUCAACAUAUCUACUAAUAAAUAAAUUCACAAUAGCUAGUAAUAAAAAAAACACAAUAGCUAUUAAUAAAUAAAUUCACAAUAGCUAGUAAUAAAUAAAUUCACAAUAGCUAGUAAUAAAUACAUUCACAAUAUCUAGUAAAAAAUACACAAUAGCUAGUAAUAAAUACAUUCACAAUAUCUAGUAAAAAAUAAACAAUAGCUAGUAAUAAAUAGAUUCACAAUAGCUAGUAAUAAAUAUGCACAAUAGCUAGUAAUAAAUAAAUUCACAAUAGCUAGUAAUAAAUAAAUUCACAAUAUCUAGUAAUAAAUAAAUUCACAAUAGCUAGUAAUAAAUAAAUUCACAAUAUCUAGUAAUAAAUAAAUUCACAAUAUCUAGUAAUAAAUAAAUUCACAAUAUCUAGUAAUAAAUAAAUUCACAAUCGCUAGUAAUUAAAUACACAAUAGCUAGUAAUAAAUGCUACGCAAAAAAACAAACAAACAACAAAACAAAAACUGCAUACAAACCUUUACUAACACACACUGGGAGCACUAAAAAACUGCACAAUCUGAUGUUUUCUUGGUUUGUCCCUCCUGGCUUCAAACUUCAUCAAGGACUCAGGGCCCAAUGAUCAGAAAGUCACUGGCAUUGGGUGAAAUCACGUAAUACCCUUUUUUUUUUAUUUGAUUAAACUCUGUAUAGUAAUAUCAGUGUCUUUCCUUCACUUACAGAAGAUAACAUUUGGAUUUCUAAAAUGAUUAGAUGAACCUAGAAGUAAUCACAAGACUUCUGAGAUAAUUUCUGCAAACCAGUGGGCUUUAGCGACUCUAGCCCUAAGUAUUCAUGCUGACUCAUAAGAUUAAUAUAAAUUAGUUAACCCUGGCAAAAUAUGACAAAAAAACAAGGAUUAAACAUACUUUCUUUCUGCUCUUAUCCUUUCUAUACAAUCUUAAAAUGUAAAAGUCUUAAAUGAUUUUCCAAAUAGUUUUAGCUCCGUUUUUAAAAAAUACAUUUAAGGAGUUGCCAUAUUUUGACUUAGUUUUGACAUUGAUAAUACAUUUUUAUAUUUUCUAAUUGUGUUGGAGUUUAAUGUUCAAAUAACUUUCACAUCAUCUAAAAUAAAGAAUAACCCAGUACUGUAUACAGAAUUGUUUGUAUUGAUGCCUCUAAGAAAGCAAGAGCGAGAGCAUCAGCUUUUAGAGCAGAGAGUUUCAGUACAAAGAGCUUUAUCCUCUAGAAAGAUUAUUUUAGGAUUAUAUGAUAAAGGGUUUAAAAAACUUUAAAGGGAUAUGAAACCCCAAUUUUUUCUUUCAUGAUUCAGAUAGAGAUAAAUGUAGCCACCAAUCAGCAAGCACUAUCUAGGGUGCUAAACAAAAAAUGGGCCGGCUACUAAGUUUACAUUCCUGCUUUUUCAAAUAAAGCUACCAAGAGAACAAAGAAAAAUUGAUAAUAGGAGUAAAUUCAAAAGUUUCUUAAAAUUGCUGCUCUAUCUGAAUCAUGAAAAAAAUAAAUGGGUUUAAUAUCCCUUUAAUGUGAAGAAUAAUGUUUUCAAUUAUAACCUAUAAAUUGUUAAUUCCAAUAAAUAUGAGAAAUGGGAUAUUGUACAAUUAUAUGUAAUGCAACUUUGUUUCCACAUAAUAGAUAAUAUAAAAAUAAAAUAUAGUUAUCGUUA